AUGUUUCAGAUCGAUCUGUUAGUAAUAGACGAAGAAAGGAGGAUUGAUCAGUUUCGUUCGUAUUAUGAAUUUACGAUAAAGGAAGGAAUGCCAGUGGGAUUUACUGUCGGAAGAAUUGGCAAUGAUAAAACAUUCAAAUUUGAAUUGCUCAAUGAGAAUGAUAAUUUUGAAAUUGACAAAGAAAAUGGAGUAAUUAAGAUAAAAAAGGAGGUGCAGAUAUCUGAAACAUACCUGGAUAUUAGGAUUACAAAUCGAGAUUACAACGAAAUAUUCAAAUUAGUCACUGUACUCAUUAUCGUUGUACAAGCAUAUAACAGCGAAGAGUUCUGUUUCCGAAGCCACAUUCAUUUAAUGGUGCUUGAAAAUUCGCCAUCCGGAACGUUUGUUGGUAUUCUAACAGCAAGACAUAAUAAUCUUACCCGCUAUACACUUCGAGAACAUCCGGAAGCUAUAUCGAUAGACACUAAUAGUGGAAUUAUAAGUACCACUGCACCGUUUGAUUUUGAAAAAGAAAAUCUUUAUCAGUUCAAAGCGAUCGCUUAUGAAAAACAAGGUACAUCGAUGGAAUGCCACAUUUUUCUACAUAUUAUCGACAAUAACGAUAAUGCACCAAAAUUUGUAUCAAAUAGCUAUGAAGUCAAAGUUUACGAAGAUGCUCCGAUCGGUCAAUUAAUUCUUCAACUUGACGUUGAUGAUUUGGAUACUGUAAACGAAUUUGUUUACGAAAUUUCCGUAAUUGGUAAUGAAGGAAAUUGGUUUGGAAUUAAAAGUGAUGGGCGAAUUAUUCUCACAGCACCUCUUGAUCGAGAACAUAUAGCCGUUCAUCAAUUACACAUUACUGUUUAUGAUCAAAGACUGCCAGAAAAAGCAUUCAAGGCAACAACAAUAGUAAAAGUAAUAGUUUUGGACGUAAAUGAUAAUGCGCCACGGUUCAUUUCACCAUCUGAGUUUUAUAUUUUCGAGGCAGCAACAUCAGGUACCAUCGUUGGCCUAGUUCAUGCUAUCGAUCCUGACCUGGAUCAUAAUGGGCAAUUACAAUACCGCAUUUUACCGUGGUCAAAUCCAGAAGGUCAUUUUAUGAUAAAUCCAAUCCUUGGAUAUUUGCUGGUACAUGAACAAAUUGAUGUUGAAGAACAAACAGAUUAUCAUUUGCUAGUUGAAGCGAAAGAUUACGGUACUUCAAAAAGAUUAUCGACAAUUGUUUCAAUAACUGUGACAGCACUACCUCGUAACAAAAAAUUAAGGAGAUUGAGAAAUUUUUACCAUGCAAAGAUUUUGGAGAAUGUUCCAGUUGGCUAUACUGUAUCACAGAUUAUUACUGACAAUGCAACAAAUGUUCUGUUUGAAAUUGAAUCCGGAAAUGAGGACCAGCAUUUUCGAAUAUCUUCCAUAAAUGGAACAAUUACGACAAACGAACGUUUAAAUGCUGCCAAAAAAUCAAGUUACAACUUAACUGUUUCGAUGCGAUCAUACAAUAGCACAAGAAAACAGAGCAGCAUCAUUUUGAUUGAAAUUUUAAAUGUCGAUGUUAAAAAUACUCGAUUUCCUGGCCAUGUUGACAGGAUAUUUUAUGUUGGUGAAAAUAUACAAGGAUCAUAUCCGAUUACUAUUGGAACAUUGAAAUCUACCAGUGCAGAUUCAGAACUAAAUGGAUUGUCUUACUCACUUAUUCAGGGUAACAGCACGCUAUUUCGGAUAGUACCACAAACAGGAAAGCUACAAAUCACAGAACCGUUAAAUUACGAAAUACAAGACCGUUAUGAAUUGGUUUUCCAAGCAAGUGACCUUACUGUUCCAAAACGCUUCAGUACAACGAAUACUGUUAUCGUAGUCGUACUGGAUGUAAAUGAUAAUGCACCAGUUUUCGAACAACCUCAGUACUAUAUUGAAGUGAUGGAAAAUGAGCCUGUUGAAGAGAAUUUAACGUUAUUGUGUCUAAAAGCAGUGGAUGAAGAUGACCGAGAAUUCUCGAUGAUAAGGUACAACCUUAACGAUGCAGACUUGUUACCAUUCUUCAUUAACUCAACAACAGGAUGUAUAGGAAGAUCGGAAGUGUUGGAUCGUGAAUCUCAAUCGCUGUGGAUUUUAAAAGCAGUAGCUCAUGACAAUGGUAAAUUUGUGGAACAUUCAAGUACUGCAGUAAUACGAAUUCGAGUUCUGGAUCAGAAUGAUAAUGUACCUACCAUUCUCAAUGAACAACUUGAUGUCUUCAUUCCAAAUGAUGUUAAAGAAGAUGAUGUAGUGUACGUAUUGUCAGCAUAUGAUCCGGAUGAAAAUGAUAUCCUCUACUACAAUCUAAGUGGUCCGGAUAUGUCAUAUUUCCAAAUUAACCGAAGUGGUAUUAUCAUUGCUACGCAAGAGCUUCUCAAGCGAGAUUAUUCAAUUACUGCAAUUGUUUCUGAUCAUGGCAAUUUAAAUUCAUCCGUUGAAUUGGGAUUUUACGUGACCGAUAUUAUGAGAUUUCCGAUUUUUAAGAAACAUCCACAGCAAGAAUUUGUGGUAACAGAACAUGAGUCAGACAUAUUGAUAACAAAAUUUGUCGCCCAAUCAGUUAAUGUAUCUAACCGAGGAAUAUUAUUUUCGAUCUUCAGCGGUGAUCCGUACCAUCAUUUUUAUUUAAAUCCUAAUUCUGGCGAAUUGUAUACAACGAAUGGAGUAGAUUAUGAAUAUCGAAAGCAAUACGAAUUAUGGAUUGCUGCAAUUGAUCAACAUGCCCAACCCAUGGUUUCAUAUACAAACUGCAUUGUGAAUGUUGUAGACAUCAAUGACAACAGACCUUUCUUCAAAAAGGCUUUCUAUUCUGCUUCAGUAACAGAAAAUGGUGAUAGCGGUGAAUUGAUAGUGAAAGUUGUCGCCCGAGAUCCUGAUUCCGGAAUUAAUGGGAAAAUUUCAUAUAGCUUGAUGGCUGAUGAUUCAGAUGCAUGGAAAUAUUUCAAAAUUAAUGAAGAAUCAGGAGAAGUUUUUACUAUUUCUAGUUUGGAUGCCGAACAUUUGAGGAGAUAUCAUUUGCAUGUCAUGGCGAAGGAUCAUGGCAAUCCACAAUUGUCGGAAAUGGUGGUUGUAAAGAUUGAAGUAUUGGAUAAGAACGACAACUCACCGCGUUUUUCAAACUUAUUCCAUGGUGCAGUUACAGAAAACAGUCCCUUGGGGACACUAAUACUUCAGGUGACAAGUUAUGAUGCCGAUAUAAACAGUACUCUUAUCUAUGAAUUGGAAGGUAACAAUACUGAUAAAUUCUUGAUUGAUCAACAAACUGGUUGGAUUAGUCUGGCAGAAGAAGUUGAUCGAGAAAAAAAAAAGGAAUAUUCGAUGAAAGUAAAAGUAUGGGAUGGCCUAUGGGAAGUGCGAACAUCGAUAAUCAUUACAAUCGAAGAUGUUAAUGAUAAUACUCCCAUGUUCGACCAUUUAUUUUACAAAUUUUUAGUUGCAGCCAAUUCAAAAAUUUUUACUGAAAUUGGACGAAUUUUGGCAUUUGAUGCGGAUGAAGGAUUAAAUGGUCAAAUUCGCUAUGAUUUGCGAUGUGGAAGUGAUUUAUUUAUGAUCGAGCCAACCAGUGGGCGUAUAUUUUCAAUAACUGCCUUAGAGGAGUAUGUGAAUUAUACCGUGGAAUGUAAAGGCUUUGCUAGAGAUCAAGGAUUUCCAUCAAUGAUCAAUGAGGCCAUUGUCUAUAUUCGCAUUAUUGAUUCUGAUGAAAGCAAUGAAACGAAGCAAUCUUACUACGAGUUCGCACUUCUUCCUGAUGCUGAUCCCGGCACAGAAAUUGGUCAUUUACUGUUACAUGAUACAAUUGCCGUAGUGAAUGAUAGCCGAUUUACGAUUGAUCAGAAUGGUACUCUAUUCACAAACGUUAUGUUUCCGGAAGCUAUAUUGGGACAUAAAAUUAUUUUCUCAGUUGCAACAUGCAAUAAGAACGAUCCUAUGGAGAUUAUUGUUUCAAUUGAAUUUACUAAAUCAAACAUUUAUCACCCACAAUUUUCAUUUGAAAGGUAUAAAUUUUCGGUUCGAGAGAACUGCCAUCUGCAUACACCAGUUGGCACGGUUAUGGCGGAAGAUUCCGACGUAGGUCUUAACGGUCAUGUGACUUAUCAUAUCAUUUAUGAUAAAGACCAUUUACCGUUUACAAUUGAAUCAACAACAGGAACCAUACUAACAUCGGGACCCGUCGAUUUCGAGGAAACCAGUAGCUAUCAUUUUUUAAUAACAGCAACAGAUUCCGGUUUCCUCGCACUCAGCGAUAUUGCAGAAGUUAUUGUUGAAGUAAUCGAUGAGAACGAUAAUGUGCCCGAAUUUGAAAAUCGUUAUUUGCAAUAUACGAUAUCGACAAAUUCACCCGUAGGUACGAUAAUUGCGCAUCUUUCUGCUGUUGAUGUUGAUUCAGAACCAAACGCUCUUAUCGUUUACCAUUUACUUUCGGAUUCUGCUGGACAAUUACCUUUUGCUGUAAAUGCUACACUUGGCACAUUAUACGUAUCCGCUGAAUUUCAUUAUGAAACAGCUAAUGAAUAUUUAUUUCGCGUACUGGCCACUAAUCCCAGAACCGCAAAUUCGGAAUAUUCAGAAUUGAUUCCAGAAAAUUCAUCAAACGGGACAUAUUCUAAUGUCCUACAAGUUGAAAUUUUCUUGAAACCAGAUGAGAAAUCUGAGCUGUAUUUUCCAGAAACCGAACGAAAUUUUGAGAUCAGUGCAUCUGCCCUCAAAGGUACCAUAAUUGGCAGAGUUGAAGCAAUUUGUCGGAGUACAAAUUAUUGCAAUAAAAUUUUAUAUCGUAUAGCUUCAAAUGAUCUGGUGGACAUAAAUUAUCAUACAGGAGAAAUAUAUGUGAAGAAAACUUGGAAUGGGACUACUGAUACUAUAAUGAUGCAGAUUGUUGCAACUGAUCAACUUUCGCGAAAAGAUUUUAAACCAAAUGUUUGUAUUGUGUAUAUCAAACGAAUGAAUAUGGAAGCACUUCCAAUAUUACAGUCUCAUUAUAAAUUUUCAUUAUCCGAAUAUGCUGAUAGCUCAACAAGUUUCAUUAUUCUUGAGCAUCUGCCACGGAAAUGUCGCCUUGAUAUUGUUGAAGAAGGAAUUGGAUAUAAUAUUGAACAGCCAUUUUGCUUUGAUGAUUCCGGUAAACUCCGUUUAUGUGGUCUGGUGGAUUAUAACCAAAAAACUGACUAUCGUUUGCAAAUUGCUCUUACCGAGAAUGAUAUCAUACGUUCUCGAGCUCUAGUUGUAAUAACAAUGAAUAAGAUGAAUGAUAAUGGAUUGUUAUUAGAUUCCAAGGCUUCUGUUGGUUAUAUCCUAGAGAAUUCACCAAUGCAUACAGCAAUAAUGAAACUACACAUAAUGGAUAGUGAUAUCUCGAGAAAACAAACAUCGUUCACAUAUCAAAUUGCUGACAAUGAUCUAGCUCAGAUAUUUGCUAUUAAUGAUACCACUGGCAUAGUAUCCAGUUCUGAGGUUUUGGAUCGUGAAAAACGUUCGCUCUAUGUUAUACCAAUAAUGGUCAGCGAUUUGGAUAUUCCUCAACGUAACGUAACUAUUCAUUUACGAAUUCACAUUGAUGAUCAGGAUGAUAAUGCACCAGAAUCAGGAUCACGCACAAUAUAUUUGGGAUAUUCGUACGAAAUUCCGGACAUGAUAAUCUUACAUACAUUUCCAGUUGAUACUGAUCAAGUUGGCGCAUAUAAUUGUCGGCUAUUCAACGCUUCAAAAGCAUUUAAUAUAUCAAACAAUUGCAUAUUAAAACUAUCAAAAAGUUUACUAGAAGCAGAUGACUUUCUCAAUGCUCCAUUAUUGGUGAAAGCUUACAAUCAUCGUUAUACAAAUGUAACAUUUCCAAUAAAUUUACGAAUGCGACGAGAUAUUUCUUCAGUAUCAUCAAUCAAUGAUUUUGGUGUGAUCGUGGAAUUAUGGGGUGUAGAAGGAAGUAUAGCUGAUAGUAUUUUUGCAUUCGAAGAGACAUUUCCAAAUAUGAUUCUUCAACUUCUCGGUCUGCAGCAUUUAGAAGUUGACUUUUUCCGUCUUUUCGUCACAAUUUUGGAUCAGCGCUUGAUACCAACAAACAAAGAUAAUGCGUUGAAAUUGUUGAAACAAUUUUUUGCUGAUAAAUUGAUUUCUAAAAAUGUGCAAGUGAAACAGUUUGCAACAGAUAUGUGUACUCUCACUUCCAUACAACAAUGUCGGUACAAUACCAAAUGUUCGCAAAAUAUCACGAAAAAUGGCGAAUUAUUCGAAUUGAUUGGAUAUAAGACAAGUUAUAUUAUUCCACUUGUUAUUAGCCAUAUAAAUUGCAUAUGCGACAAUGAUAUAGUAUGUAAUGAUAAUGAGAACCAGGCUUGCGAUGAGAAUGAAAAAUGCCAUAAUGGCGGUACUUGUCAACCACAUAUAGGAACAUGUCUGUGUCCUAAGGGUUAUACUGGCAAAUUCUGUGCGAAUGAUAUCGAUGAAUGUGAGGAAAAGAAUAUUUGUGGGAAUAGAAAAUGCCUAAAUGUGUUUGGUUCAUUUGUUUGUUCAUGUGAUGAUGAUGAUGAUAAUGGUGCAAAAAAUUCGAUACACUGUAAUAAUUCCAAUAGCAACAUUUGUAAUAAUUGUCACAGAGGAACAUGUGUUGAGCAUAAUAAUGGGCAACGUUUAUGCGAAUGUUACGAUGGUUAUAGUGGGCGCUAUUGUCAGUUAAACAUUCGAUGUUUUGAUGGUUUUUCAUCAUCAUUGCAAUUCCCAUUUUAUCAACAAAUUUUUAUGCUAGUACAAGAAUUCAGGACUUUGAAUCCGGCCGGCUUAUUGUUGAGCUCAUUUCCAAUUAACGGAUUGAAUGGGCCUCAUUUUACACUUACACUACAAAAUGGCCAAGUACAUUUAAGUAUGAAUUCAAGCCAUAACAAGAAGAAUGAAUUAAUAGUGGAAGAGAAGGUAAAUGAUGGAAAAUGGAAGAUGAUUCGUUUCCGAUACAAAUAUCGAAGGGUGAAGUUGACAAUUGAGCAUUGCGACGACGAUGGUUUCUGUGAGCCAUGCAAAAGCACUCGCUGCGUUGUUAUGGCGAAUAAUUUUGACAUUUUGACAACUGUUGGAAAACAAAUUGUGUAUGUUGGAGGAAUGAAAAAUUCCGUUAAUUCCGACAUUAUUACAAAAAAGACCGAUAUUGUCAACUUUGAGGGUUGCAUGAAUCGAAUCAUAAUUAACGAGCAUGAAAUUGAAAAAGUUCCUGGUUUCUUGGAGCAUAAUCUAAUUGACAAAGAUAAUUGGAAGACGUGCGCAGAUGGUGGUGAUGUUGAUAUAUGUUCUGGUGGCGUUUGUGUUAUUGAUGAGAAUGAUAAGAAAUGCAUUUGUACAGACGGUUUCGAUGCGUUGAAUUGUCAUAAGGCAAUAGAGCCAUGGCAUGUUGAAAGCGGUGGAAUCGUUUUCCAAUUGUCCGUGUAUAUGAUGGAGAAAAUUGAGCUUUCAAAGCACAAUACCUCUAUACAAAUAUCGUCACAAAAGCAUAGGCGCAAUGUUAUCGUUGAUGAGAAGGAACAGUUGCGCGAGAUUCCUUGUGAGGAAUCGGAAAUAGAAGGCGAUAUAUUGGAUUAUAUUCCUGAGCAAUGGAUGGAACUUGACUUCAAGACUGCUCUCAGGAAUGCCGUCAUUUUUGCUAUAGUUGAAGAGACGAGAUUUAGCAAAAUUGAGGUGAAGAAAUUUUACAAAAUGUUACAGGGUGUUGAGCUCAUUAACGGAUCAGCGUACAUGAUAACAAAGAUUAAAGGCGCUCAACCAAUGGAAGUAUAUAUUGCAAGCGAUCUUGAUGAUACUGAGUGGCAUCGUCUUAGCAUUCAGAUAAGCAAAGACCAGAAACUUUCCAGGAUUGAGAUCGACGGAUAUGGUAAAGAAAUUCGGUCUGAGGAGCAAUUACCAACUUUGAUUUCGAAUUCCUUGUUAUCUUUGUCUUUGGGUCACGAUACUAUGGAUUACGCAGCUACUUUUAGCGGCUGCUUUAGGCGAUUUCUUGUAAACAAUCAAGCACAAAAUUUUGAUGCAUUAGAAGGAAAUCUGUUAUCACAACAGAUUUUCAAAAGUGUUGGACACAAAGGCGCUCGUAAAGGUUGCGAUCAAUUCUUGAUGAAGCGAGCGUCAAUUUCAUUGGAUUGGAAAGUAUUCUGGACACUGAUUAGUAUUAUUUGCAUUUUAUUUUUCAUCGCAAUAUUUGUUGUUGUUUUAUGGAUUGUACGGAGGAAUCUUUUUGCUAAUGGCAUUGUGAAAAGACGAAAAUGUUGGAAGCCGAAACUUUCGCGAUUAUUUUCGGUGAUAAGAUCGGAUUCAGAGAUGACGCAUAAUUAUAAAAAUGAUGUGAUACAGCGAGCUGUGUAUUGUGGACCAAAUGUUUUGCAGAACAAUGAGAGUGAGACAAAUCAUGACAAAUCUAAUCCUGCGAAAACUGUGAGACCCGAUUCAUCGAAUACCAAGCAAUUAAAAACGGUUUUACGUGGAGAUCAUGCAUUCGUGUUCAAUCCGACACAGAGACAGCAUCCACCUUCGGAAUGCAGCAUGCGGGAAUCCGAUCAACAUAGGCAGCGAUGUUCACGUAAAAUACAAAUGACAAAAGAGAGCAGCCAGGAAAAAUAUUACCAGUCACGGUCCAAUGAUUACGGUGAUGCUGUAUAUGAAAAACCUUUUACACACAGACCUUUGUAUCUCCUGCGUAGAUCACACCUUCAAUCUCUUUCAACUAGCAUGGCAGGGCAAUUAUUCUUGGUGAUAUCGUAA